UGGUGUAGUAUCUACACAAGUAGUGCAACGCUUUAGCAGAAGCAGAGAUGUUUGGAACGGUGAGUGGAGAAGUAGAGGUGAAUGCACCGGCAAGCGUAGUAUGGGAAGUGUAUGGUUCUCUUAAGCUAGCUGCUGUCAUUGAGAAAGGCUUCACCGAUGUUCUUCAAAAAAUCGAGGUCGUCGAAGGCGAUGGCUCUGUCGGCACCAUUCUUAAUCUUGUUUUCCAACCAGGUGUGGCUCCAUUUGCAUCCUACAAGGAGAAGUUUACGAUGAUCGACAACGAGAAAAGGAUAAAAGACAGCAUCGUCAUAGAAGGAGGUUAUCUGGAAAUGGGAUUCGACCGGUAUUUCCUCCGGGCGGAGAUUAUAGAGAAAGAUGAGAAGAGCUGCAUCACAAAAGCCACAAUUGAGUACGAACUGAGGGAAGAGUAUGCUGCAAAUGCUUCAUUAGUUUCAAUAGAUGGUCCAAUGGCUAUGAUGAACAUUGUCAAAACUCACAUUCUUUCCACAACCAACUAAAUGGCUAUUGCAUUCUGUUGUAA